AUGUUCCUGUCGCAGUCUCCAAGUCAAGCGCUGGGCGGAGAUUUCCUUAAACUCAGUCUCGACGACCGUCAGAUGGCUACCAACGCUGGGAACGGCGUAUCUGCUGGUGGAAAUACUGCUGGGAACGUCAAUUCCUACGCUUCGGGUCAAUUCCAGCUUAAUGCAGUACAGGAAUCCCCCAACGAGUAUGGCCUCGCUGGUCGGUAUCGUCAGCAGCCGCAAGCUGCUCAGCAGGAACGAUUCCGUGGCGGCCGGGAGGCUCAGCAACCGCAUUUGCCGACGUCGCUGUCGCUAUCGCGCUCCAGCACCGUGCCAGGGACCAGUAGUGCGGCCAAUGCUGCGUACAAUGGAGCGUACACGUUGAGUCCGCGUAUGUCGUCGGAAGACUCGUGGUCUGGUAGCCAAGAUGGAGACAACAAUGCGCUGUACCAAGAGCAGAUGCAAGAGUACUACGGCAACAAUCAAAUGGCGUACGCGAUGGAGCAACAACAGUAUCGGCAGCAACAGUACAGGUCGCCACAGACUGCGAACGGGUCGUACGGCUAUGGGAAUCAACCGUCUCGAGCUCAAAUGGCCUCUGGGCAAUGGAAUCCGAUGGUUGUGGGCCCACAUCCGCCUGCUGGAAUGUAUGACGUGGCGGGGAACAACAUGUAUAUGAACCCACGCUCGAGUCCGAUGAGACACCCGCACGCGCAGAUGGGAUACGCUCAACAGCAGCAAGUGGCCAUGGGGAUGCGUGGCGGCCACUCUAAUAGCCGUGCGCAUGGACGCAACAUGUACUCGCGCAUGACACCGCCGCUCCCAGAGGCAUGGGGAUGA